AUGGCGAAUAACAAUCCAAUGCUGAAUCAGAAUCACGAAAAUGCAGCAAAUGAAUCAUUUGAAACAGCUUUGAUAAAUGAAUUAUUUCGAGGACGAUCACGACUUCCGAAACUGGUUUUGUCAAUAAUUGGUGAUUCUAGUAGUUUUGUUCCGAAGCCUUGGUUGAUACCUGUAUUGAAAACUGGAAUAAUAGCCACGGCAAAGGGUGCUAAAGAUUACUUAAUAUUAUACAAAGGAACAACUGAAAGAAUAAGCUCUAUUGUGGAGGAAGCAAUAGAUGACUUAUGGUAUUUACGAGAAGAUGAAAAUGCAGACAAUGUACCAGAAAAUAACAAGUUUAAAGUCAACUUAAAAUCAAUAAUGCAGUUGAAACGUGCCUUAGGUAAAAAGAAGAUAUUUGCAAUGUUUCACGCUCAAAUUAUGAAAAUCAUUGCUGAAAGAGAAAUAAAGUUUAUGACACUUGCAGAAAAUCAAGAUCUUAUCUGGAGAUUGCCUGUUCUAACAGUUGUCGCUGAGGGAGACUUAUAUACAAUAGACGCUAUAGUUCAGGUUCUUAAAAUUGAUCUACCAAUUCUAUUGUUGAAAGGAUCGGGAAAAGCAGCGGAUUUUGUGGCUGGUUUUAUAGAGGAAUAUGGUAACACUAGUUCUGAUUCAAGCAUUGAGAAAUAUAUUAAAGAAAAAUCAGCAAUAUUGUUUGGAAUAGUAUCUCCAAAAGAUAAAAGUCUCAACAAACUUAAAGCAGGAUUAAAAUGUAUUUAUGAAUGCAAAUAUUUGAUAACCAUCCUUGAUAUAAACAGGGAAACUAAACCAUCACACUUCACAGAUUCGGUAACUACAUCAAUUAUUCGCGGUUGGUCACAUAUAUCAAGAGAUGGAUUGUCAAAUGGCGGACGUUGCAACUCUACAAAAAGCUCAGAGAGUAAAGGAACUGAAGAGGAAACGGAUGUAAAGCAGCCCUGUGAAAGUAAUCGGAAACUACCAACGCUAACAAACGGAAUAAGACAAAACGUCCAGAAAAAAACCAUACACAAUUCUAAACCAGUGACAGAAAAUUCCCUGCAAACAUCUACAAUUAAUACAGGGACAUUUAUGGAAAACUAUCAAGCUACUUUGAGUCCUGCAUCGUUACCACUAUUUUAUUAUAUUGUAAAGGAAGCUUGCUAA